AUGAAUACUAGCACCAAAACUGUUUUAAAUUGUUUAAUUGUCAAAAACUCCAGUGUUUAUCCUGCAUUCCUGAGGCCCAAGCUUGGGAAACAAUAUGAAGCAUCGUGUGUGUCCUUCGAACGGGUUUUGGUUGAGAACAAGCUGCACGGGCUUUCACCGGCCCUCUCGGAAGCCAUCCAGAGCAUUUCUCGCUGGGAACUUGUCCAAGCUGCCUUGCCCCACGUGCUCCACUGCACGGCCACGCUGCUUUCCAAUCGCAACAAGCUAGGACAUCAGGACAAGCUCGGGGUUGCCGAAACCAAACUCCUUCACACCCUCCACUGGAUGCUUCUGGAGGCCCCCCAAGACUGCAGCAAUGACCGCUUUGGGGGUGGAGACCGGGGGUCCAGCUGGAGAGGCAGCAGCAGUGCCUUUAUCCACCAGAUGGAGAACCAGGGCUCUCCCGGCCACCCCAGGCGGGACAGCACCAACGACGAGGAAGAAAAUAACCGAAGGAAGUUCUUCCAGAAUUCCAUGGCCACGGUGGAGCUCUUUGUCUUCUUGUUCGCGCCUCUAGUUCACAGGAUUAAAGAAUCCGAUCUGACUUUCCGUUUGGCCAGCGGUCUGGUGAUCUGGCAGCCGAUGUGGGAACACAGGCAACCUGAAGUAUCGGCCUUUACUUCCAUGGUGAAACCCAUCAGGAAUAUAAUUACAGCUAAGAGAAGUUCUCCAAUCAAAAACCAGACUUUGACGUAUGAAUCUCCUAGUCUGGAUGCUGGAUGUAUCGAGGGACUGCAGGUUGUGAGCGAAACAGCCCAGCCCGAUUCCCUACCUCCUAAGCUAGCUGUUGCCGGUUGUCAUCGUGGAAACUCCAUUGAUGGGAGCGUGUCCUCCCAAGCAUCCCAGGAAAAGGCUCCUCCACAUCCCAGGGUGUCUUUGGUGAUCCCACCAUGCCAGAAGUCACGGUAUGCCACCUACUUUGACGUGGCGGUGUUGCGCUGCCUGCUUCAGCCCCAUUGGUCCGAGGAAGGCACUCAGUGGUCCCUGAUGUAUUACCUCCAACGGCUCCGCCACAUGUUAGAGGAGAAGCCGGAGAAAGCCCUGGAACCGGAAGUCCCACCAUUGCCAAGACCCCGCAGUAGCUCCAUGGUGGCUGCAGCUCCAUCGUUGGUGAACACUCACAAGACCCAGGAUCUCACCAUGAAAUGCAACGAAGAGGAGAAAUCCCUCAGCACGGAAGCGUUUGCCAAAGUGUCAUUAACAAACUUGCGCCGGCCGGCUGUUCCAGACCUCUCCUCAGAUUUGGGAAUGAACAUUUUUAAGAAGUUCAAGAGUCGCAAAGAGGACCGCGAGCGCAAGGGCUCCAUUCCUUUCCACCACACAGGGAAGAAGCGGCAGCGGAGGAUGGGCAUGCCUUUCCUGGUCCACGAGGACCACCUGGACGUCUCCCCCACUCGCAGCACUUUCUCCUUUGGCAGCUUCUCGGGGAUUGGCGAAGAGAGACGGGGGAUUGAGCGAGGAGGCUGGCAGACCACCAUUUUAGGAAGGUUUACCAGGCGGGGCAGUUCCGAUACAGCGACCGAGAUGGAAAGCCUGAGCGCCAGGCAUUCGCAUUCCCACCACACCCUGGUGACGGACCUUCCGGAUCACUCCAACAGCCAUGUGCGUUCCCAGAUUUCCACCAUCACGGUGGCGACCUUCAACACCACCCUAGCCUCCUUCAACGUGGGCUAUGCGGACUUCUUCAGCGAGCACAUGCGCAAGCUCUGCAACCAGGUGCCCAUCCCCGAGAUGCCCCACGAGCCUCUGGCGUGCGCCAACCUCCCUCGGAGUUUGACGGAUUCCUGCAUCAACUACAGCUGCCUGGAGGACACGGACCACAUUGAUGGGACCAGCAACUUUGUCCACAAGAACGGCAUGCUGGACCUCUCGGUGGUUCUAAAGGCUGUCUAUUUGGUGCUGAACCAUGACAUUAGUUCCCGAAUCUGUGACGUGGCCCUCAACAUUGUGGAAUGCCUCCUUCAGCUCGGCGUGGUGCCCUGUGUGGAGAAGACCAGGAGGAAAAGCGAGAACAAAGAGAACGAGCCCAGUGAAAAGAGACAGAGCGAAACCUCCUUCCACCUCAAGGGAGCUUUGAGCAAUUCGGCAUCCGGGUUUGGGGCUGCUCCAGUCAGCGGAACUGGAGAUGGCGGUGAAGAAGGAGGAGGGGGAGGGGGUGGUGGAGGUGACGGAGGCGACGGAGGAGGGGACGGAGGAGGAGACGGAGGAGGAGGAGGAAGGCCUUAUGAAAAAAACGAUAAAAAGGAAGACAAGGAUGAAAGCACCCCAACGAGCACCCACAGGUUAGCUCUGACAAUGUUGAUCAAAAUUGUGAAGUCUUUGGGUUGUGCCUAUGGCUGCGGAGAAGGGCAUCGUGGGCUCUCCGGAGACCGCCUAAGACAUCAGGCGCAGAAUUGCCUCACCAAAUUGUACAAGCUGGAUAAGAUGCAGUUCCGGCAAACCAUGAGGGACUACGUGAACAAAGACUCCCUCAACAAUGUGGUGGAUUUUUUGCAUGCUUUGCUGGGAUUCUGCAUGGAGCCCGUCACGGACAACAGGGCUGGCUUUGGAAAUAACUUCAGCACGGUGGACAAUAAGUCUACGGCUCAGAGCGUGGAAGGUAUCAUUGUCAGUGCCAUGUUCAAAUCGCUGAUCACCCGUUGUGCCUCGACGACACAUGAGCUCCACAGUCCAGAGAAUCUGGGAUUGUACUGUGACAUCAGACAGCUGGUUCAGUUCAUCAAGGAAGCUCAUGGGAACGUCUUUCGAAGAGUGGCUCUUAGCGCCCUUCUGGACAGUGCUGAGAAAUUGGUCCCGGCAAGAAAAGCAGAGGAAAUGACUGAACAGGAACCCAAACCACCAAGCAGUAAAAGAUCCGAAGUGGGAAGUGUCGUAAUUGACAAAGGUCAGCCAACUUCUGCUCCCGAUGAAUGCCGCAGUUAUAUCUCAAGCCGCCCAUUGCAGACUCCAGAGCACGAUGAGCAGAUGCAAGGAGCUGCCCUCGGCCGCAAGGACUUCUGGAGGAAGAUGUUCAAAUCGCAGAGCGCCGCAAGCGACACCAGCAGCCAGUCGGAGCAGGAUACCUCCGAGUGCACCACUGCACACUCAGGGACUACCACAGAGAGGCGUUUGCGCUCCCGCUCGCGACGGAUCUCUCUCCGAAAGAAACUCAAGCUGCCCCUAGGGAAUUGGCUGAAACGCUCAUCACUUUCUGGUUUAACCGACGGCGUCGAAGACCUUUUGGAUAUCAGUUCUGUAGACCGCCUCUCUUUCAUCAGGCAGAGUUCCAAGGUGAAAUUCACAAGCGCGGUGAAGCUGUCAGAAGGAGGCCCAGGAAGCGGCAUGGAGAAUGGGCGGGAGGAAGAGGAUAAUUUCUUCAAGCGUCUUGGCUGCCAGACCUAUGAUGAUCACAUGACUCCCAACCAAGAUGGAGGCAAGUCCAAGAAUGUUGUGAACCUCGGAGCCAUACGACAAGGGAUGAAGCGCUUUCAGUUUCUCUUAAACUGCUGUGAACCCGGAACUAUACCUGACGCAUCUAUCCUAGCUGCUGCCCUGGAUCUUGAGGCUCCGGUGGUAGCGAGAUCCGCCCUCUUCCUGGAAUGUGCACGUUUUGUUCACCGCUGCAACCGUGGCAAUUGGCCGGAGUGGAUGAAGGGACACCACGUGAACAUCACUAAAAAGGGCCUUUCCCGUGGCCGGUCCCCGAUAGUGGGGAACAAACGGAACCAGAAGUUACAAUGGAAUGCAGCCAAGCUCUUCUACCAGUGGGGAGAUGUCAUCGGAGCCCGCCUCAACGAGCUCUGCCAUUGUGAAAGCGAGAGUCCAGCCAAUUUGCUGGGGCUCAUUUACGACGAGGAGACCAAGCGGAGGCUGAGGAAAGAGGAUGAGGAAGAAGACUUUUUAGAUGACAGUACUGUGAACCCCACCAAAUGUUGUUGCCCUUUUGCCCUCAAGAUGGCGGCAUGUCAGCUUCUCCUGGAAAUCACCACAUUCCUCCGAGAGACUUUUCCCUACAUGCCCCGGCCCCGUACGGAGCCUCUUGUGGAUCUGGAGAGCUGCCGCUUGCGCUUGGAUCCGGAGAUGGAUCGGCACAGGUAUGAGCGGAAGAUCAGCUUUGCAGGGGUUCUGGACGAAAACGAAGAUUCCAAAGACUCCUUGCACAGCAGCAGCCACACCCUGAAAUCCGACACGGGUUGCGAAGAGAAGAAAGUUCCCAGCAGGAAGAUCAGGAUAGGAGGCUCCCGCUUGCUCCAGAUAAAAGGAACCCGCAGUUUCCGGGUGAAGAAGGGGGGUUCCCUGUCCAGCAUUCGCCGGGCCGGCAGCCUAAAGAGCACCAAGUUAUCCCGUCAGGAUUCAGAGUCUGAGAAUGAGGAGCUUCAGCUGUCCCACAGCAGGGACACUGUCACUGACAUAGAAGGCAGCCCGUGGAGCACAAGCGAACCCAGCAUAGAACCGGAAGUGCUGAGCAGCACCGGCACGGAAGAGAACUACCAUCGGAAUAUGUCUUGGCUACACGUGAUGAUCCUGCUUUGCAACCAGCAGAGUUUCAUCUGCAACCACAUCGACUACUGCCACCCUCACUGCUACCUCCACCACAGUCGCUCCUGCGCCCGUCUGGUCCGGGCCAUCAAGCUGCUCUAUGGAGACACCGUGGAUUCCCUCCGUGAAAACAACUCGCUCAGCAAUGUGACUCGGAGCAAAAAGCAGAAAGAGUGCUCGGACAAGUCUUGCUUGAGAACACCCUCCCUGAAGAAAAGAGUGAUCGAUUCCAAUCUGGAAGGAAAGAAGGAUUCUGGGAUGUUGAAAUAUAUCCGGCACCAGGUGAUGAGUCUGUCCCCAGCCCCGGUGUCACUGCUGAUCAAGGCAGCUCCCAUCCUCACGGAAGAGAUGUACGGCGAUAUCCAGCCUGCCGCCUGGGAGUUGCUGCUCAGCAUGGAUGAGCACAUGGCUGGCGCAGCAGCUGCCAUGUUCCUUCUGUGUGCUGUGAAAGUGCCAGAAGCAGUUUCGGAUAUGCUGAUGUCUGAAUUCCAUCACCCCGAGGCCGUGCAAAGAUUGAACGCAAUUCUCAAGUUCCACACCCUCUGGAGGUUCAGGUAUCAAGUCUGGCCUCGGAUGGAGGAAGGAGCUCAACAGAUCUUUAAGAUUCCUCCUCCCAGCAUUAACUUCACCUUGCCGUCCCCCGUGCUGGGCAUGCCCUCUGUGCCCAUGUUUGACCCUCCGUGGGUCCCGCAGUGCGGUGGGAGUGUGCAAGACCCGAUUAAUGAAGAUCAGUCUAAAUCAUUCUCCGCCCGGGCGGUGUCUCGUUCUCACCAGCGAGCGGAGCACAUUCUGAAGAACCUGCAGCAGGAAGAGGAGAAGAAGCGCCUGGGCCGGGAAGCCAGUCUGAUCACCGCCAUCCCCAUCACCCAAGAGGCUUGUUAUGAGCCCACCUGUCCCCCCAACUCAGAGCAGGAAGAAGAAGUAGAAGAAGUCGCCAACCUGGCUUCUCGCCGUCUCUCUGUGAGUCCGUCUUGCACCUCUAGCACGUCACACAGGAAUUACUCCUUCCGGCGUGGCUCAGUAUGGUCAGUGCGUUCAGCGGUCAGUGCAGAAGAUGAGGAGCACACGACAGAACACACGCCGAACCAUCACGUCCCACAGCCUCCUCAGGCAGUCUUCCCAGCAUGCAUCUGUGCCGCCGUGCUCCCCAUUGUUCACUUGAUGGAAGAUGGAGAAGUCCGAGAGGAUGGCGUAGCAGUGAGCGCUGUGGCUCAGCAGGUCCUGUGGAACUGCCUCAUUGAAGAUCCUUCUACAGUCCUUCGCCAUUUUCUGGAGAAGCUGACGAUCAGCAAUCGGCAGGAUGAGCUGAUGUAUAUGCUGAGGAAGCUGCUACUCAACAUUGGAGACUUCCCUGCUCAGACAUCCCAUAUCCUCUUCAAUUACUUGGUGGGACUGAUCAUGUAUUUUGUGCGAACACCAUGCGAAUGGGGAAUGGAUGCCAUUUCGGCAACUUUGACCUUCCUGUGGGAAGUGGUGGGCUACGUGGAAGGCCUCUUCUUCAAGGACCUCAAACAGACCAUGAAGAAGGAGCAGUGCGAAGUGAAGCUGCUAGUGACUGCCUCAAUGCCAGGCACCAAGACCUUGGUGGUUCACGGGCAAAAUGAAUGCGAUAUCCCAACCCAGUUACCUGUGCAUGAAGACACCCAGUUUGAAGCCCUUCUAAAGGAAUGUCUGGAAUUUUUUAACAUACCCGAAUCCCAGUCUACUAACUACUUUCUAAUGGAUAAACGAUGGAACCUUAUUCAUUAUAAUAAGACCUAUGUCCGUGAUAUUUAUCCAUUUCGACGAUCGGUAUCCCCCCAGCUGAAUCUGGUCCACAUGCAUCCUGAGAAGGGGCAGGAGCUCAUUCAGAAGCAGGUGUUCACACGCAAGCUGGAGGAAGUGGGCCGGGUGCUGUUCCUCAUUUCUUUGACCCAGAAGAUCCCCACAGCUCACAAGCAGUCUCAUGUGUCUUUGCUCCAAGAGGACCUCCUGCGCUUGCCCUCUUUCCCCCGCAGCGCCAUCGACGCCGAGUUCUCCCUCUUCAACGAUCCACAAGCUGGAAAGGAGCUCUUUGGCCUUGACACCCUUCAGAAGAGCUUGUGGAUUAAGCUCCUGGAGGAGAUGUUUCUGGGGAUGCCCAGCGAAUUCCCCUGGGGGGACGAAAUCAUGCUCUUCUUGAAUGUCUUCAACGGAGCCCUGAUCUUGCACCCAGAGGACAGUGCGCUGCUGAGGCAGUACGCGGCCACAGUCAUCAACACAGCCGUCCACUUCAACCACCUCUUUUCCCUCAGCGGGUAUCAGUGGAUCCUUCCCACAAUGCUUCAGGUGUACGCUGACUACGAAAGCAACCCCCAGCUACGGCAAGCAAUUGAGUUCGCUUGUCGCCAGUUUUACAUUCUGCAUCGGAAGCCAUUUGUCCUGCAAUUGUUUGCCAGCGUGGCUCCGCUCCUGGAGUUUCCUGAUGCGGCCAGCAAUGGACCGAGCAAAGGGGUGUCAUCUCAGUGCCUCUUUGACUUGCUGCAGUCCUUAGAAGGAGAUACGGUGGAUAAUCUGGACAUUUUAGAACUGGUAAAAGCAGAAAAGCCUCUGAAAUCUUUAGAUUUCUGCUAUGGCAACGAGGACCUGACUUUUUCUAUCAGCGAAGCCAUCAAGUUGUGUGUCACGGUUGUGGCCUAUGCCCCUGAAUCGUUCCGAAGUCUUCAGAUGUUGAUGGUCCUGGAAGCCUUGGUGCCUUGUUACCUGCAGAAGCUCAAGAGGCAAACCUCCCAAGUGGAGACGGUGACUGCUGCGCGAGAAGAGAUAGCGGCUACAGCUGCGCUUGCAACAUCCCUGCAAGCCCUCUUGUACAGUGUGGAAGUCCUCACCAGGCCAAUGACAGCUCCUCAGAUGAGUCGGUGCGAUCAAGGCCAUAAAGGAACCACGGCUGCUAAUCAUGCCAUGUCCUCGGGGGCCAAUACCAGGUACCCAGAGCAAGGAGCCAAGCUGCACUUUAUCAGGGAAAACCUUCAUUUGCUGGAGGAAGGCCAAGGCAUCCAGCGAGAGGAACUGGACGAGAGGCUCGCUCGCGAGGAGUUCAGGCGGCCACGGGAGUCCCUGCUGAACAUCUGCACGGAGUUCUACAAGCACUGUGGCCCCAGACUGAAGAUCCUGCAGAACCUGGCCGGAGAGCCCAGAGUGACUUCUUUGGAGCUGCUGGACGUUAAAUCUCAUAUGAGGUUGGCAGAAAUUGCACAUUCCCUUCUGAAGCUGGCGCCUUACGACACCCAGACGAUGGAGAGCCGUGGGCUCCGGCGCUACAUCAUGGAGAUGCUGCCCAUCACCGACUGGACAGCUGAGGCUGUGCGGCCAGCCCUCAUCCUCAUCUUAAAGAGACUGGACCGUAUGUUCAAUAAAAUUCACAAGAUGCCUACUUUGAGGAGACAGGUUGAGUGGGAGCCUGCCAGCAAUUUGAUUGAAGGGGUUUGUUUGACACUUCAGAGGCAGCCAAUCAUAUCCUUCCUGCCUCACCUUAGGUCACUGAUCAAUGUCUGUGUCAAUCUGGUGAUGGGAGUGGUGGGACCUUCCAGUGUGGCCGAUGGAUUACCCCUUCUUCAUCUCAGCCCUUAUCUCUCGCCACCUCUGCCCUUCAGCACAGCUGUUGUCCGGCUUGUAGCAUUGCAGAUUCAGGCUUUGAAAGAAGACUUCCCCUUAAGUCACGUGAUCUCCCCAUUCACCAAUCAGGAAAGAAGGGAAGGAAUGCUUUUAAACCUACUGAUUCCAUUUGUGCUCACAGUAGGAUCAGGAAGCAAAGACAGCCCUUGGCUGGAACAGCCUGAAGUCCUCUUGCUACUCCAGACGGUCAUCAACAUCCUGCUGCCCCCUCGCAUCAUCAGCACGUCCCGCAGCAAGAACUUCAUGCUGGAGAGCUCCCCGGCUCACUGCUCCACGCCAGGUGAUGCAGGGAAGGACCUGCGCAAGGAAGGACUGGCUGAGUCCACCAGUCAGGCAGCCUACUUAGCUCUGAAGGUGAUCCUAGUCUGUUUUGAGCGCCAGCUUGGCAGCCAGUGGUACUGGCUGAGCCUGCAGGUCAAGGAGAUGGCUUUGCGGAAAGUGGGAGGCCUGGCCUUGUGGGAUUUCCUGGAUUUUAUUGUCCGCACCCGGAUUCCUAUCUUUGUCCUUCUUCGACCUUUCAUUCAGUGCAAGUUGCUUGCUCAGCCUGCUGAAAACCAUGAGGAGAUGACGGCUCGUCAACACAUCGCUGACCAGCUUGAGCGGCGCUUCAUUCCCCGCCCCCUGUGCAAGAGCUCCCUCAUUGCAGAAUUCAACAACGAACUGAAGAUCCUGAAGGAAGCAGUGCACAGUGGCUCAGCCUAUCAAGGGAAGACCUCCAUCAGCACUGUGGGGACGUCCACCUCUGCAUACCGGUUGAGCCUGGCCACCAUGUCCCGCUCUAAUACUGGCACUGGAACGGUCUGGGAACAAGAUAGCGAGCCUUCCCAACAGGCUUCCCAGGAUACUCUGAGCCGGACAGACGAGGAGGAUGAAGAGAAUGACUCGGUGAGCAUGCCCAGUGUGGUAAGUGAACAAGAAGCAUUCCUUAUGGGUUCCGUUGGGAGGAGGCGAUUCUCCAGCCAUCUCUCCAGCAUGUCUGCACCUCAAGCUGAGGUGGGCAUGUUACCCAGCCAAAGUGAACCCAAUGUCCUCGAGGACUCCCAGGGCCUGGCCGCUGCGGGCAACCUUACUAGGGUAGCAAGUGUGCAGAGCGAACCGGGACACCACAACCUCCUUCUGCAACAGCCGCUGGGAAGGAAAAGAGGCCUGAGGCAGUUAAGGAGGCCCCUCUUGUCACGCCAGAAAACCCAAACUGAACCGCGCAGUCGGCACGGAGCCCGACUGUCCACCACGCGCAGAAGUAUACAGCCGAAAACAAAACCGACCGUGGAUCAGAAGCGAUCUGUGACUUUUACCGAAGCGCAGUCAGAAACUUCCAGCUCGACUCCUGACCAAGCCCCAAUUACGGUCCAGCAGCAGAGCAGCAAAAGGGGCAGCCCUGCAGAUGCUGAGAAGCAGGAAGCGACUGGCAAGCCCGUCCUGACCUCCUCCCCGGCCAUUAUCGUGGCUGACCUCCACAGCCAAGCCACCACUAGCCAGAGUGAGAUGCUUUCUGUUGAGAAGGAUAAAAAAAAGGAGGACAAUCCAGAGGCGAGGUUGGUUCAAGCCCCCGGGAGCCCCCCACCCUCGCAGCUCUCCGACACGGAGGAUUUUACAGGCCUGGAGACCACCAGCUUACUGGAGCAUGGAGACACCGUCCUCCACAUUAGCGAGGAUAACGGGAUGGAAAACCCCCAGUUCACCUUCACCCAUGUUGAGGUGGGGCAGACUGACACUGGCCUAGAUGAGUCCCACGUUUGACUUGGGGGAAGAGGCGACUGCCUUCGUAUCCAUCAAUAAGUAGUUAAAAAAAGAGCACUUUAUAAACUAUGCGGGCCACAUCUGGUAAGCCUGUCUGUGACGUGUGGGCCAAUUUGUUGAAAACACAUCAGCGCCUUUAGACAGAUCCAGUUGGACUCAGGGCAGACCAUGAAAGAGGAAAUAGUUCCAUAAUGGAACCUUCCUGUGCACAGAAUGAAUCCCUAGAAUCUGGCUCUUUGGGGUAUCUCGUUUUUUCCAGUAAACCCCUCCCCCCCCAAAACAAACUCAUUAAGAAAUGCCAGGCAGAAAAUCAGGCCUUUUCAGAGGCUAGCCACCUGAAUACAGAAAGUUUAUUUUUGUAAUCUCAGAAGGGAGAUAUAGAUAAAAUAUAUAUACAUAGUAUAUUAAUAAAAAUAUUACUGAGCUAUGGAUGCUUUAUGACUGUAUGUUCUUCGUUUAGCAUCAGAAUGCCAAAUGCUCGAUAGCGACCAGAGAUUAGGCAAUUUCUAUCCCGUGUUUGAGAUUUCAAACUCUGGGUUAUAUACCUGAAGAACCAUAAAUUUACAAUUCCCUUAAAAUUAACUGUACACUACAGUGAAGAAUGUUAAGACUAUGCAGUAACGUGGACAUUUGGGUGGAGUGCUCUGUACAUGAAGUAAAUAGUAUUAAACAUUCUGCUUCAAAAUAUUAAGCAAAUAUUGAGCAAACGGGAAAAAGUGUGUGGAUCUGCUUCCACAAUCCAUUUGCCCGUGUUCAUACUUACAAGUGUAUCUGUGUGUUUCCAAACCAGGAGCUGAUAUUGUACAGGAUAUUUAC